GUUGCAAGCUCACACACUAUUUUUAACCAACAAAAGCUUCAGAUCGUUCUUCUCCAGUUCUUCAUUUUCACCUUCCUCUCCCCUGAUUUUCUCGAGAAAAUUUCGUAUUUGGUUUCUCGAGAAAAUUCCUCACAACAACAUCAACAACCACAACUACUCCAUAUCUGCCCUUCAACUUUCAGAUUCCGUUUCCUCUGCUGCUGUUUUUAUCGCCGUUGCUUGGACAAGAUUCCUCUUGUCUCCAUCGAUGUUUCGUGCUCGUCCUCUUCUGAGGCUACUUUCGGCUCCUGUGUUUAGGGUUUUGUCACGAGGUUGACGUGCCCGUGCGGAUCGUUUCCAGUGGGUUUGGCGCUGUCCCUUGAAGCUUUAAAGCCAUUUACCUUUCACGCUCAUUGUCUCUGAAUUGAAAUGUUAGGCUUUGAAGGUCCUGGAACUAGUGAUGAAAUUAGAGAGUGCUUUGAAAAUUCUGAAGAUGAGAGACGGCUGUCCAAAAUUGGGAGCCUCAAGAAAAAGGCAAUAAAUGCUUCCAAUAAAUUUACUCACUCUCUUAAGAAGAGAGGAAAGAGGAAAAUUGACUACAGGGUUCCUUCAGUAUCCAUAGAAGAUGUUCGAGAUGCGAAAGAGGAGAGUGCUGUCCAUGAAUUGCGUCAAAAACUUCUUGAGAGGAAUUUACUACCAUCUAGGCUUGAUGAUUAUCAUACUUUACUGAGAUUUUUGAAAGCUAGAGAGUUUAACAUGGAAAAGACAAUUCGGAUGUGGGAAGAAAUGCUUAAUUGGAGAAAGGAAUAUGGAACUGAUACUAUACUAGAGGAUUUCGAAUUCGAAGAGCUUGAAGAGGUGUUGCAGUAUUAUCCUCAGGGAUAUCAUGGAGUUGAUAAAGAAGGCAGGCCAGUUUAUAUAGAGAGACUUGGGAAAGCCCAUCCAAGUAGACUCAUGCAUAUCACCACGAUUGAUAGAUACUUAAAGUACCAUGUGCAAGAAUUUGAAAGGGCUCUACAUGAAAAAUUCCCUGCUUGUACAAUUGCGGCUAAGAGAAGAAUUUGUUCAACAACAACCAUAUUGGAUGUGCAGGGCUUGGGCAUGAAAAAUUUCUCCCGCGCUGCUGCAAAUCUCUUAGCUGCCAUGACAAAGAUAGACAGCAAUUAUUAUCCUGAGACAUUACAUCGAAUGUAUAUUGUCCAUGCGGGUUCUGGUUUCAAGAAGUUUCUCUGGCCUGCUGCUCAGAAAUUUCUUGAUAUGAAAACUGUUGCCAAGAUUCAGGUUCUUGAUUCCAAAUCGAUUGGAAAGCUACUUGAAGUCAUUGAUUCAGAUCAGUUGCCAGAUUUCUUAGGUGGCUCGUGUACAUGUAGUGGCGUUGAAGGCGGAUGCCUUAGAUCGAAUAAAGGUCCCUGGAAUGAUCCCGAUAUUAUGAAGGUUGUGCAUAAUGCAGGAGCCACCUUUGUAAGGCAAGACACAAGAGUGGCCAAGAAUGAAGCAAAAUUGCACUCACGUGCUCAAAUGCCUUCACUGAAGGGAAGAAGUAGAGAUACAUCAUUACCGGAUUCAGGAUCAGAUAUCGAUGACCCGUACUCCCCACUGGAGCGAGCUGUCUCUUUGGUUCCUUGUUUGGCUCCGGUUCACGAAGAACAAAGGGCUGCUGACUCUAAUGCUUACUACAGUUGUGACGAUGAUGAUUUCCGACCCGUUAGAACAGUAACCAAAAGUGACCAAAGAGUUGGAGGUUCUCAUGGUCCAUCGCUUGAAAUAAUCGAGAACGGGAAUUUGUCGAGCAAAGUGACAUCAAACACAGAAGGUACUAUAACUAAUGAACAUGAAAUCCUGAAGCAAAAACUUGAGAAAAGAAACCUUGAUUCUACAGGGAGAGUUCUUAUAUCAUUCUGGGUUAGAUUGAUAGCAUUUCUUCGAAGUUUACAGUUUCAGUUUUGGAAAAGACAGAACAAUAUAUAUCCUUCUAACACAGUAGAACACAUUACAAAUAACAAUGCUGCUGCUCCUGCUGCUGCAAUUCAAGGCGUAAACGAAGAAGAUUACAUCGGCCCGUGUUUACAGCGUCUCGAGAGGCUAGAAAAAAUAUUUGUAGAGCUGAGCAACAAGCCUGCUAAAAUUCCUUUGGAGAAAGAGAAUUUGCUUACUGAAUCAUUGGACAGAAUCAAGUUGGUUGAAUUUGACCUGGAGAAAACAAAAAGAACACUCCACGCUACUGUUGUAAAGCAACUUGAGGCAGGCGAGCUGCUGGAGAAAUUGCGGGAGUCCCAAUGCCAACCGAGAAGAUUUUUGUGUUAGAUUAGAUUGGUGAAAUGCAUAGGAUGGAUUAGAAUAAUAAUCAUAGCCUUGAAGCAAAAAGAAACAACAUAGGUGCUGGCGGGCCCGGAGUGACCAAGAUCCAACGGAUAAUAAUUGCUGGCGGCAAUAGAGACGACGAUAGAGAUAGAGAGAGAGAUAGAAAGGAGGCAAAGCUUGAAUACACGUGAA